AUGGCCCCCCGGCGCACCACCCUCCUCCUUGUCGCCGCCGGACAAACGCACGCGCGAUUAGGCCAGCUCGCCGCCGACGAGCAGCAGAUCUGGGCCGACCUGCGCAGACAAUUCGAGGCGUCCGCGAACGGCACGCGCUUCCUCUACGAAGAGGACGAACGAGCCUGGGCCCGGGACCACAAGCCGCAGUUCAACGUCUCUAGAAUACUACAAGACGAAACGCCCGCCCCGACCGUCAAGGGCAAGGAGGACCACUGCCCUAGAUGUUGGUGGAGAAAAAGCCCACCGGACCCGGACCACUGGUGGCCGGCCAUGACGACGACGCAACGUAAUGGGAUUGGGCCCGUCCGCUGGGAGGGCCAGGUCGGCGGCGCGGAGCGAAUGUCCUGCCCCGUCGGCUGGGGCCAAGUGAACAAAGAUAACAUACGGCUGCGAGUCGAGAAGAAGUGGGAGCGCGUCUGUUUUUAUUGUUGGAAGGCGAAGCUGAGCGACGCGAGGGACAUGGAGCGACUCAUCGCCCACACGACCUGGGACGAGCAGCAGUAUUACCGGCUGUUCUACAUCUGGGGGUGUGGAGGUAUGUUCGGCACACCUCGGUUUGCCGCGCCGGGCGGCUGCGAGAAGAAGUCCAUCGAGUUCAAGCUCGAGGUCGACUCGAAGGGGAGGAGGGUGCCCGAGGGCCCCGACGGCUUGCACGAGGUCACGAUUCCGUUGACGAAGAACACGCGCCCGCCACUAGGGUUCGAGUGCUGCACGCGCAAGCUAGGCUGGGACGCUUGUAGCUCCGCGCUUGAUGUUGGUAGAGGUGCGGUGGCGUUCGCUUCGUUUGUGGUCGGGGCGGUGGUAUUACUCGCGGGGUAA